GAGUGGCAUCUACCAGUCUAUAUUUAGCAGCGGCAGCCAAAAAGCAGCUGAAUCAGCUGACUGGAAGCUGCUACCCUGAUGUGCAGCCUUGGUUUAGACAGCAACACACUCAGUGCUGGAAAUCAAGGAGAACAGACAGCGCAGAAGAGAGACGCUGAGCCUGGAGAUUUCGAAAGAGUCCAGCCGUAGCUGCCACAAACAGCAAUCAGUAAUGGCUCCCCGGAUAAGACUGAACAUAGCAAAGCCUCUUCCCACCAUAAGUGAAGCCCUUGAGGAUAUUCUAGAUGACAUAACAAGCAACACAAAAGGUUUUGGAAAUGCUUGCACGAGCCCAGAUUCUUCUUCUGGUGAAGACUACCUUCAGUCUAUCUGCCAGCUGGCAAGACCUACCUUCCCAGUCCUACCUGAGAGUCAGCGUAAAGUCCAAGACACAGAGAAACUGGGAAUGCUGCAUAAUAGUCACAGAGUCUUCAGCUUGUCUGAGACACCAAAAAUGGUCUCCGGGUUUAAAAUAACUGACAUUCUGCCUAAUGUGAGGAGAUUUGAAAGAAAUAGCUCCAUUCUAGAUUGUAUCAAAACCUACUCAAGCUCUAAAGUCGACCCGCUAGAAGAGUUGUACACGGAAGCUGAGAGGACUCAUCGGUGGAGAUGUCCCAAUGGAAGUGAGAACACUGACCAUUCACAACAUAAUUUCCAAGGCAUUAGUGUAUCUGAACCUCGAGAAAAAGCUAUGGAGAAACCCAAUGCUCUCGGCUUCCCCACACUUCCUUCCCCAAGACCAAUGCAGAGAGAAAACAGCUGCCCAGAGCUUAAAGGUCAGAGAAACCAAGGCAAGAUGCCAACUCUGGAAAGUCCCCCAUAUCAGAAAGAGAUUGACCCUCUCAUUGUUAAUGGUAAAUCGAUCUGGCUGCGCCCACCCAGAGAAACUCCACCAGACACCAAGAUUUUGAGAUAUUCACAAAGGGGGCAGCAGACUCUGAAGGCAGCAGCCUUCGCUCAAAGAGAGCAGCAGCCAAAGCCUUCCAUUUAUAAUCAAAAUGUGAAAGGAGAGGUGAGCAACCGAGUGGGAUGUGGGGGAUACUUCCAUAAAAGAAACACAAGCUGUGACUGGAUUUCAGAAUACCAAAGUGCUUGGAAAGAAGCAAAGGUGAGAGCUUGCCUGUUGCCUGCCAUUGCAGAAUCAUGAAUGGCUACUUUAUGCGAAGAAAAUACGGAGUGUUUAUAUGCAGCCACUGUCUGCUGCAAAGUGCAUUGUCCAGAUGACCUGGAGAACAUUCAGAGCUUCAGAGUAUCAAGGGUGGAGGAGAAAUGGCAGCGCCGAAAGGAGAAUGCAUUGCAGACUCGGUUAUUUUAGCUAUUCAGAUAUUGAGUUGUAAUGAUUAUACAUUGUAUCUUUGGCUCUGUGAAAAUAGAUGGUCCCUCCCUAUCCUAAUUAAGUUCCUCUCUUAAGGGUCCUCAGAGUUCAUCUAUACAGUUCUGUACCGUAGAAGCAUUUCUUGAUAACAGAAUUUUAUAAUUCUGCAUGUGCAGAUCCUGCACAGAAAUAUUAGCUGUGCAAACUUUUUUAAAAAAAAAUAAAUCAAGAAAAUAGAGUGGAAAUACAUAGGCUUCAUCUACCCACCCAAAGAGCAACUUCAGUCUUGCUGGAUUUUUAGUAUCAUCGCUACCAAUGCAAAAUAGAAAACUAGUCCAGAAGGGCUUAGAAGCAAAGGCCUAAGUUAAUAAGGGCAUAAGGACACAAGAAACAGCCAGCUGGAUCAGACCAAAAGGUCUGUUUAGUCCAGCAUCCUGUUUCCCAAAGUGAUGCACCUGGGGAGCCUCCAAGCAAGGCACAAAGUCCAUAGCUCAGUAGCUGGGCAUCUGCCUUACAUGCAUUGAACCUUACAAGUCCCAGGUUAAUCCCCAGCAUCUCCAGGCAAAGUUGGAAGGACCCCUACCUGAAACCCUGGAGAGUGCCAGUAAGUGUAGACAACCCUGAAUGGGAUGGACCAAUCACCUGGCUCAGUAUAACACAGGCUCCACCCUGUUGGUGCCACACUAUUCAAACAACAUGCUGCCUCUCAAAAUGGAGGCUUGAUAUAGCCAUCAUGACUAAUGGCCACUGACAAACCUUUAUCCUCCAUGAAUUUGUCUAACCCCACCUUAGAGCCAUUUAUCUUCAAGAGCAUAUUGUAUCUUCAAGAGUCACAACUUAAUUAAUCUGCCAUGUGAAAAUGUUGUCUCCCUUGAGCAUCAGGUUCCCAGGUAGAUUAUAUACUCAUACGUAGAAGUUGCAGUGUCAGCUACUGAACAUUCCCUGUUGCCUGUUCCUCUUAGCCUUUGUCAUUUCUCCCCCCCCCCAUCAUCCUUUUUGCGUGUUUAGACCUUUAAACCUCCCCCUUACAUAAAUUCAAAUAAGACUCAAAUUUUGGUUUGGUUUUUGGCAGAAUUUAGGCCACAACUUUAUUGAUUACAGCAAGUGAGUGGUUGCAUAGGCUCUGGUUCGACUAGCUCCCUGCACCGUUGCAGGUAGCGCUGACCCAGGGCACUACCAUAGGUCAGCCUAGGGUGAACACCUGGAAUGACGGGAAGCUAGGGACAUGCUAUGUCCACCACCCAGAUGUCCCCCUGGACUCAGGCACGGGCACAAACCCUCUCAGGGUUGACCAAACCAUUGAGUCCCUGGAUUCCUUUAACGGCAUGAGAGCGCUCCCCCAUCCCUAUCACCUGAACCAGAGCCUGUCCCAACAACAGACGAUACAGGACACACGGCGCGCAAGCCCUAAAUAUAGGGAGAGGUGGGCAGGUGUUCCGAUGCACGGACCAAGAGAGAAAGUUCAGGGUCACAUGCAAAGGCAUAUAUAGGUCCCUUGAUCCAUUUUGGCUAGCGUCCCAUUGGUCAGAUUGAACCCAGCAUCAAGGGACCUACCAAUAAGGUGUUGUGGCUAUCCAUUCGUACCCACCCACAACACAAGGGUUUGGUUGCCAGGUCUCACCGCAACACGUGCCCUCUUUGAGGGACGACACGAUUUAUAGGGCUUAGGCCCCGCCCCUCAGCUGCCACUUCCUUGGAGGAAGUCGGGUCCCAGCUGCUUCCUGAGCAAUGGUCCAACAACCCUGUAGCCAGCUCUUUUUCACCUCUGCCAAGUUACACCUGCUAAGUUGUAUAAAGAAAUACUUUUGUUGUUCUGCAAGCAUAAUAAUGAAGCAACUUUUUUGGGGCUUUUGGUUACUCUAGAACAGGCACCCCCAAACUUGGCCCUCCAGAUGUUUUGGGACUACAAUUCCCAUCAUCCCUGACCACUGGUCCUGUUAGCUAGGGGUGAUGGGAGUUGUAGUCCCAAAACAUCUGGAGGGCCUAGUUUGGGAAUGCCUGCUCUAGAAUAAGAGUAAGGUAACACAGUACUUUCUUCACGGGAGAAGCAGAAGUGCAAAGUUCCUGUUUCUCUUAGAGAGGAGGAGGAGGAGGCCUGUCAUUUGGUCUAAGGGAGAGAAACAAGUUGGUGCUUGACCCCUUUUGGUGUCUAGCUAUAAGUGGCUCCCAGAACCUUUUCCUCUUUUUUUACACGUACAUGUAAAGUGAUGUUUUAAUGCGGCUUAUGUCUAUUGAUAUAAAAUUCGUAAACAGAAGGCUGGUGACUCUGUUUCGCUCUAUUUUAGAGGGACCAAGCAAAACUUGCCUGGAGGUUACUGCUCAUUUUCUCUGGCAUCAGCUGAACAGGGAAGUCAGGCUGCCAGUACCUAUCUGGAAUUCUCUUGCUACUUGUCUAGUGUUGUUAUUUAGGUGGUUUUUUUUAAAGAAUCAAACCCAUUUUGCAUUUGCAAGCCAGCUGGCAUUGUGGCAUCCACCCCUCCCCCCGCCUCCCAAGCAUGUUGCACUACUACUUUCUGCAUCAACAUUAAUAGCAAUUAAUUUUAUAUUAUGUCCGGUAUCCAGCUAUUACUGUUCAAAGGGCUGCUUCUCAUGCUAUCACAUUGGCAAGUAUGGGAUAUGGAACAACAAACCAACACUACCAGAACAGGCUUAUGAAUAUAAAGGACAAUUUUACUAGAAUAAGUGUAUAAACUCAUAAACCUACUAAACAAUGAGAAAACUAAAGUGCAAUGUACAUAACCAAGCCAGGAGAUACUCAUAAACAUAGAAUGAACCAGUGUCUCUCUCAUUGCUAUACCAGUUAUGUAUGCGGUAAGUAUGUCAUUACACGGCUGGAAUAAACAAACCAUUCUUCAAAUAGUUGUUCACUGGAAGCACAAAGCCAUAUGUGAUGUGGGCCUUUGGUUACAUCUAACUGGGAUACAUAUUUCUCUCUGUCUCUUCCUAGUAUGUACAUGUAAUGUGGACUCAGAACUAGCAUGUGAAAUGUACGUAAGCCAAGAACUGUGUCUGGUUUUGAUUUGUUGCUAACUUUGUAAUGUUUGAAGUGGACCAAAGAGAAACCCUGCAGUUGCCAUGUUGUGCAGUUGGCUGUUGUAAAGCGUGGCCCAAAGAGGCCAUUUGUUUGGUGUGCUGUUCCAAGAAACAUUGAUUUUUAAACAUUGUACAUAUGAGGGGUAUCAACAUUUACAAACCCAUCCCUCCUUGUGUUGAAAGAGGUGAUAUGAACAUUCAUGUCAUGUCAGCCUUGAUUGAUAAGGAAGCCUCUGUUCUGAAUGGGAUGAGUGGGAAUCUCGUCUCCAGUAUUAGUGCAAAAUCAUGCUGUCAGCCAGAGAAAAAGCCUCACUUCAGUCCAAGAACAAAGCUGCCAAUAUAUUCAGUGGUAUAGUCUGCAAUCCUGGAGUCACUUACUGUAACUAGGAGUAAACCCAGUGGAAGAACUCAAUAGCACUUACAUUAUAGGAUUGCUGUGUUAGCUGCCCUCUUUAUACUUAUGGUACAAUGGGCACUAAAUCACUUCAGACUUCAGAUGCGGCAAAAUAUUUUUAAGGCUCCCUUAUGUUUUUAAUCUCUCUGCAAAUAGAAACCCAGCACAGCAAGGAAAUAGCUGGCAAUUAAACUUUUCUCCCUGAUGUGAUAGGGUGGGGUGGUUUUUUGUUCAACUAGAGGGAGCAUUUGAAAUUAGUACCCACUUGUGUGUGCCUAUACACAUUCACAUACUUACAAAUAUCAUGUAGGGUGAUUCUCUUUCCAGCUUAGCUACUGGCAAACAUCUUGAUUUCAGUAAGCCCUGUAAUUCCAUGGCCCAGUUUCUAAUGAGGCUACUCAUGACAAUUCAUUCCUGUUUAAAUGUGCAGUGAAUCAUACAUGAUUUGUAUAUUUUUGCCAUGUGUCAUCUACAGCGACCCAAGUAACAUACCGGUAUAUAGAUUUCUGUUAUCGUCAAACUCCUAAGAGCAUAGCACAUUGCAAGCUAACUGUAUUGUGCGUUUCAGGAGCUUAAAAGAGACAUCUCAUUAAAUGUGCAAUUUACUAUAUCGUCAUUAUUGAAAUGCGCUUACCAAAAAUGUUCUAACUAGAAUCAGUGCUCAUUCAUGCUUUUGGUUCAAUCAAUAGCUGAAAUGAAAAAGCACAGACAUUUCCAUGGUGUUUACUGCUAAUCAAGCUUGUGCAGCCCUUGGGGGAAGGAAAACUGAUAACAAAAUCAGUUACAUGGUCCAAAAAUGCAAAUUGCUAUAAGCAUACGUGGGACGAAGCUCAUAAGUCACUCUCUGCAGUGUCCUAUGUCUUUGUGGAUUCUGUCGUGAGCAGAGGCAGCGUAAAAAUAAAAUUAAUGUUAUGCUCUAAAGCUUCAACCUACACAAAGCUAAUUAGGAGUAUGGAAAUUGGUAUGACGCACUUCCAAGUAAACAUGCAUUACUGGGAAGUAAGCUCCAUCGCACUCCCUGAGGUUUCUAAGUAAACAUGAUUUUAGAGCUGGGAUGUUAAACCCUCCUGGAAGAAAAAUGCUUCAGAAAACAAAACCAUCAGGAAAAAGCAGUUUUAAGUGUAUAUGGGAGAAAUUGACAGCUAGAUCACUAUGGUACUUUUUAAGAGUACAGCUUGACUGAUUUGACUAUUCCCUUAUAUUUUUCUGCUUUAUCAUGAUGUCAAAAACUGUGGGACAAAUUGCCACCUUAAUUUCCGCCCCACAGCUAUGAUUCUUGCGCACUUACUUAGAAGUAGCUUUCUGUGGGGCAGUUUGUGUGUGCAGGAGUGCCACGUCAAACACUCGUUACUGCACGUGUGCUAGUAUGGGCAUACCCACAAACAGAAUUUCCCAACAUCUCACGCACACACUGCUUUAUCAUGCCGUGAGUUCGCACAUUCAGCAGGCCAGCAACAGAGCACAGAGAAAGCAUUUGUAAAUCAGGGCAGGAAUCUAAAAAUCUUGCACAAGAAGGUCACAGCCAAAGUGAUAAUCUAAGAUGGCCUUUAAGCUUCCUGGAAUUGUCUGAAAACAAAGAAAAGCAGAGUCCUCUAGCCAUCCAAGCUUUUAAACAGAGGUGCUUCUAUAAGUAUGCUUUACUCUUUUUUUUUAAGCACCUCUCUCUUCUCCCACUUAAAAAAAAGGGGGGGAAAGCACCUCUCUCUUCUCCCACGAGGACCCAGGUGGCGCUGUGGUUAAACCACUGAGCCUAGGGCUUGCUGAUCAGAAGGUCGGCGGUUCGAAUCCCUGUGACGGGGUGAGCUCCCGUUACUUGGUCCCAGCUCCUGCCAACCUAGCAGUUCGAA